UCAACAUGAAUGAACUGUUAACCCAGAAAGGAAAUACAAUGGAGAUCUCCCUGAUUUCGCUGCUUUUCACGUUGCUGGCAUUGGUGGGAACCAGCCACUCUUACCAAAAUCAUUCCACGUGUGGCCAGCAGAAAGUGUUCGUUAGCAGUGAUUUGUUGAUAGUAGGCGGUAAGCCAGCUCAAGUUGGCGAGUGGCCCUGGCAGGCGUUGAUGAUACGCGAUGGGGUCGGUGUAUGCGGAGCGACACUGAUUGACCUGCAGUGGGUCCUGUCGGCUGCACACUGUGUGAUUACGAUUCCAAAUAAACCAGAACUCUUCACCUUCAAGAUGGGAACCAAUUCAUACAGUACCGACCCAGCGAACACACAGGUCAGAACAGCCAAAGAAAUCUUCAUGCAUCCCGACUACGUCAUCUGUGAUACUGACCAUGAUUCGGACAUAGCUCUCUUCAAGCUGGAAGAGCCGUUCAAUUUGACAGACUACGUGCAGACUGUGUGCUUACCGACCACUGAUAUGGCGGAUAAGUUCCCUGUUGGCACGCAGGUUACUGUGACAGGCUGGGGAAGUACCGAAAAUUCCUCUCGUAGUAGCGAGGAUCUGCUGGAGGUUUCGCUUCCCAUAGUCGAUCAGGACGACUGCAAAUCCACGUACGAGAGCGAGGAUGUGAUCAUCACUGAGAACAUGCUGUGCGCUGGGGAAACCAACGGGGGCAAAGAUUCCUGCGGGGGUGAUAGUGGAGGACCGUUGGUCACUCAGUACGACGGCAAGUGGUUUCAGGUCGGCGUGGUCAGUUUCGGCUAUGGCUGCGGUGUAGCUGGGUAUCCCGGAGUUUACGUUCGACUGACAGCAUUCCAAGAUUGGAUCGCUCCGAUCUUUGAUGGGGAGGACCCAGAUCGUCAGGACAGUAACUGCACCGAUCGUGGUCUGUACAGAUGUUACUGUGGAGGCUGUAUACCAUAUGAUGCAAAGUGCGAUGGAGUCAAAGAUUGCUUGUCUAACAGCGACGAAGCGCCGUAUUCCCGUUGUGAUUUCCCAAUCAGCAUCUUCGAUCGAAUCGACACGUUAAAACCGGGCUCGGUUUAUUUCAAGAUUCCAAACGAGGACGUCAGUCAAAAAGAAUUCGUCCUGAAUGAGAACGACUGCGCAGCCCUUUGCCUUGCGUCCGGUAUCUGUGUGGCAUUUGAUGUUAGGCGUAGGGAUCUGGGAGGCUACGAAUGUGAUAUGGCUGGCCCAGGAUUCAAACUGGUGGAGGAGUUCCAUUCCAGUUGGUUUCCCGGUUAUGCUGCUGAUCAUUACGAGCUUGGAAAGCUGAAGGAUCCUGAGCCAGUCAUGCACAUCAGCAGUCAUCAUGGCUUCAUCGGAUACCCCGUACAGCUCCCUGACCCUACCGAUAUGUCCGGUGUCUACGAGUUUGUCUGGAACAUCGAGCCGAGAGAUCAAGUCAACUCCAUCACAUUCCGCUUCACUGGCAUCCACACGGACGAAACGCUCCACUCACUCCUCCCUUGCUCUAAUUAUCUGACGGUGGGCGAUGAGGACGCUAUGUGCUUGGCUCUGUACCAAGGCUGGGAUUCCUUCACAGUGGUGGUGGAUUCUCCACGAACCAGCGUCAAGUUGAACACCAACAAUGUUGGCAAGAAUGGAUUCUUGGCCGAGUAUACUACAGGCACCCGGGAGCCGGGCGCAGUGACCACAGGCACCCGAGAGCCGGACGCAGUGACCACAGGCACCCGAGAGCCGGACGCAGUGACCACAGGCAUCCGGGAGCCGUACGGGUACGAAGACUUGAAGAAUGAGCGGAACAUGAUGCGAGCAGCCGUGAUAGGUGUCAGCGUUGUCGCUGGUGUUGCUGUCAUGUGUCUGAUAGUAAUGGCAUACUUACUGUUCACUAAACGAGGAGUUAAGGCUAGGGACACUCAAGACCCCAACGCAUUCCCCGUUCAUCCGAUCGCGCAACCAGCAACCAACAAUGGGCAGGAUAACCUCGCUUUAGAAUGACAACCAGUAACAACUUGCGAACGCCUCUAGUCAAUAGAGCUUGAUCAGGGUACGCCAUCUUGAUAAUUAAAGCGAGGCAUACAACACUAAAAAACAUGGCGGCAGAAAUAGUGUGUGCGGUGUGUGGCUCUUGCAAAGUUACAACAGAUCGAUGGAUAGCUCAAAUUCUCCGAAACAUCAACAUUCCCGUCUUAUUGUAUUUCGAAGAAUAAAGAAUCUUAUAAAUACAAAGCCCAAAAUCUGGGGCCUAACUGAAGUUUCCGUACCCGUAUUUUACCGUAUAGCCAUCGCUGUCAGAUCAGAGAAACGAUCAAGACUUUCUAUUUUCACCAUCCGCGGCUUUUUCUGAGCUGAAAUUGCGCCUGUUUAGUAGUACUUACAUAAGGGGGCUAUCCGCGAAUUGUAAUUCGCACAGGACCUGUCAUUUUCCAGAAAUAACAGGGAAAUUGGCGCCCGAUGCGCGUAGUAUGCGGGAACGUGAACAAUUUCUCUUUGACUUCCAUACGUUAGCGCACUGU